AUGCCAAUGGCCAGUGAAACCAGCAGUACCACCACCAUGACAACCUUUUCCGCCCCGGUCCCUGCUACCAAAUCGCUGCCCACCAACCAAUCAGCGCUAGCGGCCUCUUUCACCUCUUUCCUUACGGUGUCUGUCCACCAAAUACUUUUCCUGCGCUCCGUCUAUCCACGCGCCACGUUUCUUCCCGUACGGGCAUACAACUAUCCUGUCCGACAAUCGCGUCACCCCAAGGUGUGCGACUACAUCAACGAUGCAUCAAUCGCAGUCGGGACAGAGAUUUUGAAAGGCACAAUCACCGCAGUCAGUAUUAUCAUUUCAUCUCUGCGCACAAACCAGCCCCUCGAACGAUAUGCCUUUGAUCUGUCGGGCUUCCCUCGUGCUCCAGCUGGAGAGGUGAAUACUACGUGCCCCGGGGGCCCCUCCCCAACUUCGGUCGACCUCGAGGCCCAAUUCCGAGCUUGUCUGGCUCGACUCGCCUCUGCCUGUGCCCGAUUGACCCCUCUGCCACGAGACGACGAAUUCAGCUUCACUGUGUGUAUCGAAGUCCGGGAGGAUGCUCUUCCCCCGGCAGGGACCACCAACGAGGAACAAACGUGGAUUGUGGCCGAGCCCGGGAAGGUGCAUUUGCGAUCGUGCACCGCCCCAUACUCUGUGUCCAAGGUGCGGAAUGGCGAGUCUCAGCAGCAGCAGCCGUCUCCUCCGGUCUCGAAUGGACGCGCCAAAACGGUACCGGUACGACGAGUAGAGGCCGGAGAAUUGCGCUUGGAGCUGUGGGUGGAGGAGGCACGGCAGAAAUUCAAUGAGCCGGUGGAAUCAGAGCAACCUCCUUGA